AUGUCUUGGUGGUUACUAUGGAGCAUCAUAAAUUCUACUAUCUCAGUUGCUGCACAGGACCUCAUGCUCUUUACAUCCUGGAAAAACCCUAACAUCAUGUUGUCUAAGGAUGGCCGCAUUAGCAUUCCAAGUGCUGCUCUUGAAAAGGUGGUAUCCUUAGAUUCCACACACGCAACAUCUAGCAGGCUUUACACACAGAUAGCUGAAUUUGAUACACUGACAAACCAAACCAAGUACAAGGAAACAUUAAAACAAGGUUUUAUGCUGGCAAAGUUGGAUAAUUCUGAAUUUUUGAACACGAUGUCACUAAACUAUGGGCUGAAUUAUGGAUAUGCUGCAGCUUGGGAUUACAUCACUUAUCAAGACCCAGACUUCCUCAAUUUUUCUGCAAGGAAACUCCUUCCUAACAGCUGGAGUGCAACUGCAUUCAAAUCACAAUAUUCUGCAAGGCAUUACAUGAUAUCUAAGGAACAAGCUGCAUCAGGAACCACAGAUGUUAAGCAAUUCAAUCUCAGUACCUCAUGUCCAGGCACAACUUCUUUAGUGGGUGGCACCUAUUGGAAACUAGAGCACUGA